CUGAAAGUCUGACUCCUGUAAAAAGACAAAAGAUUUAAAAAAUGUGUGUAACUGCAGCUGAAGUGAGCCUGCAAUCAGUUUUAUAUUCCAUCAAAUUUCCGUCGGAAAUCCUUUUCCCCAUUUUUCUGUUCUAAUCAGAAUAUGGAAAACACACAUUUGAGUCAGUGUCAUGGCGGUCAGCAUCAUGUCGGCUUGUUGUCGAGCGUCUGUUCUGUCUCUUCACCUCCUUGCCUGUUUCCUUCAGGUCUUCAGCCAAGGAGAAGUGUUUCGCCAGGCUCCGCAGGCCCACGCCGUGUUCCUCAGGUCCAAACGGGCCAACAUGUUCUUGGUGGAGGAGAUCCUGCCGGGGAACCUGGAGAGGGAGUGUUACGAGGAGCUGUGCAGCUUCGAGGAGGCGCGGGAAUGCUUCGAAGACUACGAGAAGACGACGGCCUUCUGGACCGUUUACUACGACGGGGACCAGUGCGAGUCCAACCCCUGCCUCAAUGGAGGGAACUGCACUGACAAAGUGGGGGGGUUCCUGUGCUCCUGCCCCCCCCCCCACUUCGGACCAGCGUGUGAACUGAGUGUGAAGAAACGAGUAGUACGACCGUCCUUUGUGCCACCAGAAAUCGCAGAGUGUCCGACCGACGGUCCGACAGCUUGUCACCAGCUGUGCACCGCCUCCCACUACUCCUUCACCUGCUCCUGCAUGCCGGGAUUCAAACUACAGGCCGACAAACGGAGCUGUCUGCCUGAAGUGGACUUUCCCUGUGGAAGACUUCCUGCCAAGUUCAACACAACUACGUCAAUGUGUCGCCAUGGACACUGUCCCUGGCAGGUGUCCCUGCUGAACAGUAGGGGGGUGGAAAUAUGUGCUGGCGUGGUGCUGGGUCGACGCUCUGUCCUGACCGCCGCUCGCUGCCUCUUCCUGGACUCAGGGUCCGACCUCCAGCCCUCCAACUUGUAUGUGGUCGCUGGCAACGACAAGGUGGCGGUCCGUGUGCGGGCUCUGUAUGUCCAUGAUCGUUUCCGUUCAGAUCACCACCACGACAACCUCGCGCUCCUCGGGCUGUCCCGCCCCUUGACCUUCAGCCCCACCCUCAUCCACCUCUGCCUGCCCAACAAGGACUUCAGCGAAAACAUCCUGAUGCAUUCUGGGAGGACGGGCAUCACGGGGAGACGGAGGAGCGGACCGAACCAGGACCUGGUCUACAUGACGCUGGACGAGUGUCGCAGCCAGAUGAACGUCUCGCAUCCGCUCAGCAACAAAAUGUUCUGCAUGAGGACGCACAACAGACCUGUAGGGAAUCAAAAUGGAGCCCAGGAGAGACCCAGCGGUGUGGCGCGGAGGAGGCGGAGUGGACACAGCGGCCGGAAUCAAACCCACAGUGACCAGAGCGGUCAGAGCGGCGCCCGGCGGACGCCCAACCAAGAAAAUGAAAACAGCCACAGCUCAAACCAGAAGCCCUCAGUAUCUGUCAGCGGCUUGAGGUCAGAGGUCGGCAGCAGGGGAUGUGGCGAUCUGUUGCUGGGGUCGCCCGUUGCCACGGUGGAGCAGGGCACGGCGUAUCUGACCGGGUUGCUGAUGUCAUCAUCCGCAGGCUGCGACGACGGCAGCUACGUGUUCACCAAACUUUCCCGCUACUUGAGCUGGAUCAGACCGAGACUGGAGGUGGCCGAGGAUCACAUGACCCCCCAAGUCAACCAGUAUCCUGAGACUCGCUAACGACCCGCCUUCCGCCGCCACCUUUUAAACUCUUAGUAGACCUUUAACUUUCUUCACUUUUAUGAACGAUUUCCUGUCUGCUCGUCAGACGCUCUGAGAUUUAACGAGUUUGAUUUCAGUCCUGGUUCUUGGUUCCUGCGCCGACAUCCUGCAUUUAUUUAAAAUGUCAAGAAAUAAAACGAUGAAGCUUUUGCUAAAGUCGAGUCAUUUCCUGUGUGUGAAGUGUGUAAAUGUAAAUGAAGCUGCUGAAUAAAUGCAUUAAAAACUCAGCGUGUGGCGCUGCAGGUGAAACGGUCCGAAGGCUCCAGGGAACGACUGAACCUGAUAAAUCAAUAACUGAUCAAUGGUUCAAUAAUCCAUCAGAUACACAACUGUACAAACCAGCAUCUGUUUUAUUCGACAUUUUUUACAGUACAAAAUAAAAAAAGAGUGAAUUGAAUGGGAAAAGUUUCCGGGGAGGGGGGGCUGUGGAGCGGCACAGCCAGGGGGGAUUGUGGGUAACGUAGUUUAGGAGACUGAGGAGAGAGGAGGGAAUGGAUUCUGUUUACUGACAACGAGCUUCUGGUGCUGAUGGGAGAUGUAACCUUUGAUGUGACCCUGACAGGAAACAGAAUAAACAGGUUUAAACACGA